CGUCGACCAGGAAGUAGGUAAACAAGCGAACAGGGGUCGAAAAAAUGGAUUAACCCCCCAAAUACACCGCCGCCGAUCAAGAAAAAGUCUGAUUCAGUGACCGUGUGUUGUCGUGGAGGGGUAUCGAAGGCAGGGGGGUUAAAUUAUCGAGCGAGAUGGCUGGUGAAUGACGGGUUUUGGCACCAUGUUUCUGAUCGGAGCCUGAUGCCCUCUCUUGCCACAUCUGUUGUCAUGGACACGGAGGACUUUCUGCACCCUGAGGUCCCUCAGCUGGGGAGCCCGAAGUUAAGCGCACCGAGUCCUCCCCUUGUGAGCUCCAUGGAGAGUCAGCUCUGUCCGUCAAACUCAUGGGCGUUCUCGCAGCAAACUCAGUACAGCCAGCACUAUCCUAUGCAAUCUGGAAGGGCAUUCCAGUCAAACCCAUCCUCUGGGAAUCUGGACCUGUCUGACAUAGACUUUCAGGACCUCGUGCGGAACGGAGAUUUUCCCCAGGAUAUGUCAUGUAUAGAUGAGCUGUCCAACACGUCACUGUUCUCUUCACCCUCUGACUCUCUUUCGGAGUAUACCGAGCCUUCGGGGUUUGGCAUUGACAGCCUGGCACAUUUACCCAGCGAGGGCACAGCGGCACAGGGCUACUGGGAUACACCUGGACACAGUCAGAGACAACAGAGUGUUUUUCCUACUAAGCUGGAAGACAUUAAUGCGAUUCUGUCUGCCUCAGUCCCUGGAUUAAGGGCAGCUCCGCCUCCACAGGAGGAAGAGGAGAUGGCAGAUGAUGAAGAGACAGAAGAGUUAGGGCACGCCGACACGUACGCUGAAUACAAGCCAUCCAAAUCUACUAUCGGUAUCUCUCAUCCUGACAUUGUCGUGGAGACGAACACGCUGUCCAGCGUCCCUCCUCCUGACAUCACUUACGCACUGUCCAUUCCUGAGAGCACCGUAACCUCGGGCCUGCUGUCAGCACUGCAGCUGGAGGCCAUCAUCUACGCCUGUCAGCAACACGAGGUGAUCCUUCAGAACGGUCAGCGGGCAGGGUUUCUGAUCGGAGAUGGCGCCGGUGUCGGGAAGGGCCGCACUGUGGCCGGAAUCAUACUGGAGAAUUUCUUAAAGGGACGGAAAAAAGCAUUAUGGUUUAGUGUCUCGAAUGAUUUGAAGUAUGAUGCUGAGAGAGAUCUCAAAGACAUCAACGCUCCUAACAUCCCUGUUUUUGCUUUGAAUAAGAUUAAAUAUGGAGAUACGGCUACCUCAGAGGGCGUUCUGUUCGCCACAUACUCUGCGCUGAUCGGAGAGAGCCAAGCCGGCGGGCAGCACCGCACCAGACUCAAACAGAUCCAGGACUGGUGUAAACCCAACUUUGAUGGAGUUAUUGUGUUUGACGAAUGCCACAAAGCUAAAAAUGCAACCGCCACCAAGAUGGGUAAAGCAGUACUUGACCUCCAGACUAAACUGCCCCUGGCGAGGGUGGUGUAUGCUAGUGCCACAGGUGCUUCUGAGCCAAAGAACAUGAUCUACAUGAGUCGGCUGGGCAUCUGGGGGCUAGGAACCCCAUUCAAGGCGUUUGAUGACUUUCUUCAUGCUAUUGAGAAGAGGGGUGUUGGUGCCAUGGAGAUUGUUGCCAUGGAUAUGAAAGUGAGUGGCAUGUAUAUUGCACGACAGCUGAGUUUUUCUGGUGUGUCGUUCCGUAUAGAGGAGAUAACACUGGACGAGGAGUUCAAACUGGUUUACAACAGAGCAGCUAGACUGUGGGCUGAAGCUCUGGAGUCGUUCACCAGGGCUGCGGACAUUUUGGGUUUGGUGUCCCGGAAGUCUCUUUGGGGUCAGUUCUGGUCCGCACAUCAGAGGUUCUUUAAAUACCUCUGCAUCGCUGCUAAAGUCCGUCGUCUGGUGGAGCUUGCUCAGGUUGAGAUGCAGCACGGCAAGUGUGUCGUGAUUGGCCUGCAGUCCACCGGAGAGGCUCGUACUCGAGAGGUCCUGGACGAGAACGAUGGACAUUUGGACAGAUUUGUCUCUGCGGCUGAGGGUGUUUUCCACUCAUUAGUCCAAAAACACUUUCCAACCGAGAAAAGAGAGAAAAGCACCACCGGCAAGAGGAAGCGAAAGCCCAAGGGCCGGCCUUCAAAGUUUCCAAAGCACUGUGUGGAAGUGGGUGGGGUUAUUAAGAUCAGCGACGACUCUGACUCUGACUCAGAUGAGGUUGACAGCGAAUCGAACUCCUCCCCUGAAUCACUACAGGAUAAUGAUGAUGUGAUUUUUGUCAACCACAUCAACGGGCCUGCGGCUAAACUACUAGAAGACAAGCAGAGGCUGCUGGGUAAAAUAGCGGAGUUGGGGAAAGAUCUGCCUCUCAACACUCUUGAUGAGUUGAUUGACAGGUUUGGAGGACCAGAGAGGGUGUCUGAGAUGACUGGGCGUAAGGGUCGUGUGGUGCGGCGACCUGACAGCAGCGUGCGAUACGAGACCAGAGCGGAACAGGGGCUGACCAUCGAUCACGUCAACAUCAGAGAAAAAGAGAGAUUCAUGACCGGAGAGAAGCUCAUAGCCAUCAUCUCUGAGGCCGCUAGCUCGGGCAUCUCUCUGCAGGCGGAUAAACGUGUGCAGAACCGCAGGAGACGGGUUCACAUGACCCUAGAGCUGCCGUGGAGCGCUGACCGGGCCAUUCAGCAGUUCGGUCGAACACAUCGAUCAAAUCAGGUUACUGCUCCCGAGUAUAUCUUCCUGAUCUCAGAGCUGGCGGGAGAGAGACGCUUCGCUUCAAUUGUUGCCAAGAGACUGGAGAGCCUGGGGGCGCUGACGCACGGUGACCGACGAGCCACUGAGUCUAGAGACCUGAGUCAGUACAACUUUGAGAAUAAAUACGGCACCAAAGCGCUGGAUAAGAUCACUAAAGCCAUCCUGGGACACAUCGACAACAAAGUCCCUCCACCCAAAGGGUACCCAGGAGGAGAUCUCAUGUUCUUCAGAGAUAUGAAGAAAGGCAUGAUCGAUGUUGGGAUCUUCUGUAGGGAGCCUCGUCUCGGUCUGAACACAGAAAAAGACUGCACCAUUACCAAGUUUCUGAACCGGAUUCUGGGUUUGGAGGUCUAUCAGCAGAACUCUCUGUUUCAGUACUUCACUAAUAACUUCGACUACUUGAUCGAGAAGGACAAAAAAGAGGGCAAAUACGACAUGGGAAUAUUGGAUCUGGCUCCUGGUAAUGAUGAGAUUCACGAGGAAACACAGGAGAAGUUUCUGACCCCGGGUAACCCUCAGGAGGGUCAGGUCAUCCUCUACAAGAUCAGUGUGGACCGUGGAAUGCCCUGGGAUGAAGCCUGCAGUAAAGCUGAAAAACUAACGGGAGAAUAUGAAGGCUUUUACCUUUCAAAUAAGUUGCGCGGGAGCCAGCCGUGUGUGCUGCUUGCUGAACAGGGUCGCGGGCGGAACCUCAUCUUAUAUAAACCCAACAUCGGUAAACAGGCACAUCCUGAGAAUCUAGACAACCUCCUGCUGCGAUACUACAAGGUGACGCCAGAUGAAGCGAAGCAUUACUGGGAGAGUCAGUUUGUCUUUUCCUUCACUAAAUGCAGCCAUGCCAACUGGAAGGGUAAGUGUAAGCUGAUCGAGGAGGGACAGGAGUGUUUGUUGGGGAUGCGUCUCAGACAGUAUCACAUGUUGUGCGGCGCUCUGCUCAGGGUUUGGAAACGCGUCUCUGACAUCGUCUCUGACAUCACCAACUCCAGCAUCCUGCAGAUCGUUCGACUGAAAACAAAACAGAACAGCAAACAAGUCGGUAUAAAAAUCCCAGAGAACUGCGUAUCCCGUGUGCGUGCCGAGCUCUCUCGAAUGGACGAGGAAGUAAAGAAGGCACGCAGAGAGCGAGACCAGCGCGUUCAACAGGAGAUGUUGGCCAAAAUGAUCAAUGCCCGCAAACUGUGCGCCAACCUGCCCCAGUCCCUUGCCAACCUGCCCCAGUCCCUUGCAAACCACCUUCCUUACCCACCAUCCCGCCUGCCCCCUGCAACGCCGGCAAAGAGCGAGUCUGUCAGUGAGGUCCUGGACCUGACCAUCAGCCCGUGCCCUUCCCCAGACAUCAAACCUGCCGGGUCAGACGCGAGGAUCAGCCUGAACGGCAUUUCCCUGAACGGAGGGAUAGCGGGCGGGAAAGGACGCCCUUCCGUGGUUGCCCCGGAGACAUUUGACCUGGAAGAACUGAUCUCCCAGGAACGGCAGAGGCAGGUGGCGAUGAACGCGGGCAUGCGUGUCUCGCUGUCUUCUCGUGCCUCUCGAGGUGUCCUGCGACAGCAGCAGCAUGUUCACACGCUAAAACAGAAUCAUUCGUCGCUCGGCAUGUUGACCCAGCAGCAGAGUGGCUCACACACGCAGCGGAGCGUUCAGGGGUCGGCACGGUACAGCACGCUUUUAUCGCAGCUGCAAGGAGGGCAGGACAAAGCGCUCAUGGUGCGGCUUCUCACGCAGAUGCAGCAGCGGACCGGUGUAUCGUCGCAGUCUACACGCACGCCGCUGCCAUCACCACAGCAGAGUCAACACGCAUCCAUGCUGACACGCAUGUCUAACGCACACUCGCUCACCGCAUGUCCGCAGGUGAUGAAACGACUGCCGCAUACGAGCGAAAACAUGCAGCUUCCCCUGAGCAGAUCCAUGCAGCCGCAACCCCUGCAGUCGCAGCUCCUGCACAGUCAGCCCGCUCCAGAGCGAGCAGCAAUCCCAAGCAGCGAGUUUGAUUUCGAGGAUUUGGACUUCAGUUGCCCCUCGCCCGUUUCUCGACUGCAGCACCUGUUUACCUCUCAAGCCCCGUCGUCCUCCACCCCUCCUUCCUCUUACUCCUCCUCCCUCUUCACUUCGGCUCCUCUAAACUCCUCCCUGUCAGACUCGAGCUCCUCCUCCUCACACUUCACGCCAUCCUCCUCCUCUUCCGAACAGUCGCACCUCCUGUUACCCAACGGCCACUGCAGUAUGGACGUCCUGGAUGUGCGUGAGACGCUGGAUCACAUGAUCCGCGGAACCCCGUUGGACCACCGCCAGUCCGUCAUCCAGUACAAUUCCGUGGACUGGGACGCCACCUAGAGGCCUGAGAUGGGUGGUCAGUACUGUCAGUGUCUGGUGUUCAGAUGUUCAUCAUCUCAGCAUGGGGUUUAUUUUCAGAGGUUCUGUUUAUUUGUUGUCCACGUCUUUCUCAGUCCAUAAGCUAGUUCUGUGGUGGUUGUGUUUGGUUUGCCGACGUCCAGUGAAGAGAAAAUCUCGAAAUAUUGGGGCACAUGAAAUCCAUGUUGUUGUUGUUUGUUUUUUUGCCUUGUUUAAAGCAGUAAAGCUUCUCCGACUCUCGUUUCUCAUCCGGUGAGUUCACAAACAAAGCUAAGAGUGAGGUAAACUAAAUGUUUAUUUAUGAAGAUGUCUUGUUUUGUGUUUCCUAUCAGAGGGCGUUUAUAUGCCCUCUGUCCAUCAGUGCCUUGAUCUCCUUCAAAUGCAGUCUCUCUCUCUCUCUCUCUCUCUCUCUCUCUCUCUCUCACUCUCUCUCUCUCUCUCUCUCUCUCUCUCUCUCUCUCUCUCUGUAUUUCUAAACAGAGUAGUGCUAUAUUAUUUAUUUUAGCGAUGCUCUCAGAAUUCUGUAUGGACUGUGUGAAUUUGAAACUGCUGUCUGACCCCUAAACCCUGUGAAUUUCCGCAUUAUUUCAAUAAUCUAAACUCAAAGAGAGAUCUUACACAACACAUGGGCUGUAAAGGCGGCGUUGGCCAGAGCACAGCAGAAUACUUCUGCGUUGGGCUUUGAGUCGUUUCUCAGGUAUCAUAUAGACUCAUCACUGUCCAAACAAAUGAUUAUUUUAUCAAAACAAAUACGAAUGGGUGAGCUUUGUGAACUUUGGGAAUGGGAAACCAAAUUAUUUAUUAGCAGAUCUUAAAGGGAUACUUCACUCAAUAAUGAAAAUUCUGUCAACAUUUACUCGACUUCUAAAUCUGUAUAAAUGUCUUUGUUCUGAUGAACACAGAGAAAGAUAUUUGGAAGAAUGCUUAUAACCAAUUAAAUUACUUUACCUUUUUUUGUUCUGUUGAACACAAAUGAAGACACUUUCAAGAAUGUAGGACAGCAAACCGUUCUGGGGCACUUUUGACUACCAUUGUAUUUUUUACUACUAUGGUAGUCAAUGGGGGGCAAAAUCUGUUUGGUUAUAAGCAUUCUUCCAAAUAUCAUUCUCUGUUCAUCAGAACAAAAACAUUUAUACAGAUUUGGAACAACUCGAAGGUGAGUAAAUGAUGACAAAAGUUUCAUUUUUGGGUGAAGUAUCCCUUUAAGUAUGAGAGAGCUCUGAACCACUGGACCUCGUGUCGAGAGCGAGCGAGACUUAGCAAUAAAAACCAAACAAAUUCAUAUUCAUACUGUAUGAGUGAAUAGAGAUGAAUAAAAUGGUGCCCCACGAACAACUCGAGGCUCGUAUCGACAGACAGAUUUCUCUAUAUGUCUGUUCAUAGUGAUAUUUUCCAGUUGUGUUUGAAGAAUAUUAUAUUUGUUAAGAGAAGCCGAAAAAUAGUUUUGUUGGUUUGUACGAGAUCACGCGUAUGAGGUCAAUGUUUUCCCUUCGGGUCUUGUGUUCUCGUGUCGUUGGAAUGAAAGCAAACGUAUUGAUGUCUUUGAUAUUGCUGUUUGUAUUAUUAUUGUUAUUGUUAAUACUAUUAUUGUUGGUAUUUAUAUCCAAGGGACAUUUUUAGUAGAGGUAGUCUUGGUUAUAAUCACGUGUAGAAGUACAAAAACACUUUUAGUCUUGUCAGGGGUUUAUUUGAUUUUAAUUCUCCUCCCAAAAUCCAGAACUAAAGCCUGGCACCAAAAUGACUGCGCUGCUGCUCGGUCACUUCUGUCUAGCUCAGAUACUUCACAUCUCUUUCGUUCUGAUUCCCAUCGCACCAAAGUUUUCUGUGCAGGCUCCGAGCGGUCGUGUUUAAUCUCAGGAAAUGUUGAGGGAACGAUUGCGUCGUCGCAGAGAGAGAGACGUGUGAUCUUGACUACUGUACUCUGUCGUAUUCUAGACUUGAAGUAUACUUCUGUUCAAGGUGAAAUGUAAGAAUAAUACUCGAGUAUUACUGCCCAUUUGAUAACGAUUCUAUCGAUUUUAUUUUCAAAUCUGAUUUCGUGAUGAGAUAUCACAGAUAUACGAGAUGUAGGCAUGUCACACAUGCUAAAGUUGGUUGUUCCCGUUCUCUUUGGGCAAAUGUGAUGUUUUUCACUGUGUGUUUGUGUUAAAUAAUUGGGGAUAAACUUGCCAGAAUUGAAACCUCUUCUGCUGCCCAGCGUUUCUACAACGUAAUCACAAAAGAACACUUUAAUAAUGAAACAAAACAUUUAUUAAAACUGCUACUGAUCAUAUGUAUUAUUAUUAUUAUUAUUGAUGGUGAUACUGUUGUUGUUAUAUUAUAUUGUUUCCUGUUAGAAUUCUGUUCAGCACUUUUACUUUCAGCUUCUGUGUUUUAUCCCAAUAUUUAUAUAAGUUUAGAUGGAGCUGUACAUAAUGUAAACAAAUGUGCCUUUUGACUCAUUCUGAACGUUUUCUACAUUUAACAGAAGGAAUAUAUUGUACGGCAAUAUAAUUUUUGUUAACAAACAAUAAAAUUUUAAGAGUU